AUUUGUGUUUUUUGUACGAAUAUAUUUAUUAUAAAUUUCAUAUCAAUCCGUUUAUAUCUGCCUAAAAUUUAUUUAGUAAUGUUGAUAAGUCAGACAUCGGACGGUAAAGAAAAUACGGAAGGGCAUGUGAGACGCUGUUACGAAACUGCUAACGAACUGCUUGAAAUUAUGACUAAUAAUAGUCAAUUUACUAGUAGUGAUGAAACACUGACGGCAAGCGAUUUAGUCAUUUUAUAUAAAAAUUUGGACGUUGGGACAAGACUGAUGACAGAAGUUAAACAUUCCCAAACAAAACCGUCGAAUCAAUACGUUGAAACAAUUAUAUAUGAUCACGAUUCAGACGAAUCUGAUAUUGGUGAGAUAUAUAGCACGGAAGACAUACGAAAUAUCAUGAUGAUAAAUAAAGAAAGAAUUGAUUUGUUCAAUAACACUGCCUCAAUUGAAAAUACUUUGUGUCAUAAACUUGGUAAUCUUGCUAUGAAUACUUCCAAGUUUGGCUCAACAUAUGACAAAAACUUUCUUUUCAAAGACACUUAUAUAAAAGAACAAUUAAACAGCUUUAUGCCUGCAAUGACAGACAAAGAUGUGCUUCCUUCGUCGCUUUUGGAUUAUAUAUGUUGCAAACGACUAGAAGAUAACAGCAAUUUUUAUAUGGAUAAUAUCAUACGAUAUGUUCAACAUACAAUAGAACAACUCAAACGCAUUAGUAAUGGAGAUUACUUGACAGAAAAGGCUAAAGAAAAGUGGAGGCAAGCUGAGCGAAAUGAUGUCUUUAAUGAUAAUAGCUCUAAGAAGAGCAUGUUGGCAAAUUCAGUGAGUAUCCCUCUGCAUAUGGAACGUCAAUCAAGCAGAAUAAAAAGUACCUGGAAUGAUAUCGUCCAUUCUGAAGUAGACAUUAGAUCCCUAUCAAAAUUAUUAGAGAAGAAAAUAGUAAUAGAAAUUCCUAGAUUAUUGUGUGGAACAUACAAGUUAUUUACAAAACGUUGCAACGAUAAUUUAAUUAUAAGUUGCAAGAAGGAGGUAAAUUCUUUAAACGAGACUCCUUCUCGCGUCGAUGUUGUUCUUAACAUAAAGAAAUCGGAGUCCGGCCUUCUUAUAAGUAAACUUAAUUCUAUUAAGAUCACGCAACCUGUGCCUCAACAUUCAAUUGAAGAUUGUUUAUCAAGCCCUAUACCGUCAAUUACAUAUGAUCCAAUGGAUAACCGAAAGAGUGAGUUACAAAUUAAUACACCUAAAAUAGAAGAACUAAACGAACGUGAAACAACAAGUGACCUACCGUAUAGUACCUACGAGUAUAGUCUAUUAACGAAUCGGUCGCCGGACACCUGCGAUGAUUCUUUCAUUGGAGUGGACACCGACAACAGUUCUGCGUCUUUUGUCUUUUCUAAAAAUCAUGGUUACAAUGAAUCUUUUUUUACUUAUCCAAACGUUAUCAAUGUAAACAAGUCUUACAGCGAUGGACAAACUGAGGCUAAUUUUAGCUUGAUGUCUUCCGAUGCAUUGUGUUGCACUUUACAACGGCUGAAUAUGAACUCACCAGUCCCUGAAGAGAUUGAUUUUAAUCACAAGAAGAAGAAGUCUCCGACAAGAAUAAGAAUUAAGUCUCCAUAUGAAAAUUCUUCGCACGUUAUAGAAGAGAAAAAAAGAAAGAGACUUCUUGAAAUUCGAGAAAGGCGCGAGAUAAAGAAAAAAUCAUUAAGUGAUACUUGUAAAAUAAAUAAAAACAAAUACGCAAAAGGUGUUAUGGCGCAAGCAUCGAGCUCAGUUACCAAAUUAUCAAUAACAAAUAAGUCAUUUUACAAUUCCAUAUAUGGACAAUCUAUAAAUGAGUCCAGACUUUCAAAAAAAGAGCGAAAGGUCAGUAAUCAUGAUUUAAAAAUUGUGGUGGAAUUAGAAAAUUGCGAAGAUGAAAUACGUAAAAAAUCACCGAGGUCUCCAAGAAAUAAAGAAAAAUAUAUUAAUCACAGUUACUACUUAGAUGAUGCCGAUACAGAGGUAAUGCAUCACCAAAAUAAACUAAAAUUGAAGCAGAAUGUUGAAGAAGUUUUUACCGCGUCUUCCUCUGGAGUAUCGGAAGAUUUAAGAUCUAGUUUAAAUUUGUUAAAGGAUAUUAUCUCCUUCGACAAUCCUUCUCAUCCAGUUUCACCAAUUUCUCAAGAUUCGGAGAAACGCAGCUCAAUACCAAAUGACGUAAUAUCGGAGAAGAGAAGCCCUCUCUUAAACACCACAGGAAAUCAAAAUGUAAUGUCUUCUAAUACUCCAAAAGAAAAGGAUACAGUAUUACCUGUAAAAUGCCGAAAAAGUAUCGACAAAAUAUAUGAUCUAAUGAAAAAGCUUGGAACAAUUGACUCCAGUUCGAGCAAUAACAAAAUACCUGAAUGUGAUGAGUUUGAGGUUCCGGUUGAUUCUAAACAAGUGAGAGGUUCCAGUGUACAACCUUCCGAUAGUGGUACAAGCCUCAAACAUAACCUGGUAUCAUCAAACCCCAGUUGCUUUAGUUUUGAAAAAGUUUAUCUGGAUUCACCUGUUAAUAAAAAUAUUUAUAGAAAAAGCGAAAUACCAAUAGCUACAAUACCAAAACCUAAAGCUUUGACAAAGCCUCAAUCGUCAGGUGAUGAUAAACAGAAAAAAGAUCGUAGGAAGUUAACUAGUCCAGUCACUAAAAUAUCUGAAAAUCCAUUAAAAGCAAUCUCACAAUUGUUGCGUGAUUUCGAAAGUGUUAAAGUCAACCGUCCGAGGACAGACAGCGAACCAAAAUCAAAAAGAUACGACACUGACAAGAAACAUAGCAGUCGUCAAGUUACUUUUAGAAAACCACUACAACAAGAACCCAAUCUGAAACCCAGCGAGCCGUCCUCUAGGGGAUCAACUCCAAAGAAUAAAAAACCAAGAGUAAAUACACUCACUCACGCUGGAAGGUCACAAUAUCAUCUAAAGUCUUCUGUGGAGGAAAAACCAGUUGAUAAGUUAAACCGAAGAAAAAUUACAGAUAUAAUAGAUGAAGUUAAAGAAGCUAGAGGUGAAGCAGUGCGUGGGCCACCGAAAUCUAGGCUUGAUUGCUUAGCCCAGCCUAGAAAGUAUAACCAACCGUCUAACGAACAAUCGUCUUAUAGAAACAAGUAUACUGUUCAAAGACCACAACGUUCCACAAAUACCAUAACACAUGCCGAGAGGAGAGACUCGUUAAAUGUUAAGAUAAGACAAAAAAGAACUGAAAUAUCCGGAUCUCAAAAAUAUCAUUCCACCGUGCCGCCACCUUUAGGGAUCAAACGGUCAGAAAGCACUAGCCCCGACAGAAUUCGCAAACGUUCUCCCGUGUCGGCGACUGGGCCGUCCUAUAAAUCAAACAUACCCGAAGCACCUGAAACAUUAUUAAAAAAGAUGGUCGCGGUGGAAUCGUAUGUAAAUAAUCAUUAUGGACGUGGUUCUCCAACACGAGAGUUGAAAGGAUUCUCUGGAGCUCAAAAAUCAAGAGUACCGCUUGUACCAAAUGAUUUAGAUAUGGGAUCAAUGACCUCGUCUCGGACAGCAGAAGAAUCUACUGUACUAGGAAAGAAAUUACACAAGAUGAUAGAUACAAUGAUCAGCAGUGCUACCGCACCGGGGCUAACUUCGCUUUGUGAGAAGAAAGAAACUUCAGAAAGUAGCGAAAGCAUGAACGACGUGUUUGUGGAUACUAUUGAACGUUAUGGGGAGCUUAUGUCAAACACUGAUUUUCCGAUUGAUGUUUUUGGAGAUAAGAGCAUAACAACAGCUGUAGCUACCUUAUCUAAGGAUAGUGAAAGUGUGCUGAGUAAAAAUAUUGAUUUCAAUGUCAUCACGUAUGACAUACAGCCCUUUAAUUCUUUAACCGAGUUAGCCAGGCUGGAGAACGCAUUGUAUAGACGAUUGUCCGCUGGAGCAUUUCAAAAACGAUUAAGAUUAAAAAAUUUAACAUUAACACCUAAACAUUCUCUUCAGCAAAUAUUAGUUUUACAAUCUGGAGAUGUUGGAUCUCUGGUUGUCAAGUCUACAUUAUCACAAAAUGUUCUUGGUAAAACAUCAUCAAAAAUAAAAGAGAUGGCAGAAACUAAAAGACUAACAGAGUCUCAGUCUCAGUCUCAUGUCGAUUGGACAUUUGCUAAAUUUCCCACGCAAGUUUCUACAGUUGCGUAUUCUAUGCAUAAUACUGCAGGAGACGUAAAUUCAGAUAAAGCUGUUUGCGAAAAAGUCGAAACAACCGAUGAACUGAAUUGUUAUAAAGGCAGUUCUGAACAAAAUCAAGGUUAUAAAGCAGCAAAAUCUGUCACGGCAGUUGCUAAAAGUAAGGUGAAGGAGAAGAAAAGGAUUACAGAAGAAGAAGAUAAGUUUGAACACGAUUUAACACAUCAUCCAUUAAGCAACAUUACAAUGACUCAGCACACAAAUAUUCUUAUGAAAGAGGAAAACGAGAGCGGCCUGGUGGACACACACAAAAACGUAAAUGAGGAAUCUCAGAGCAUAGAGAAAACAUCUGAUAAAGGUUGUGAGGUAAGUGACUCAAGUAUGUUGGAAAAUAAAACAUCUAAAGUGGACGACUCGACAUCACUUGAUAUUUUGGUGGGCCUUUUAAACGAAAUAAGAAACAUCACAACUUGUCAGACACAUCUUACAGAAAAUAAAACUGAUGACGUAGAAUGUGAUGAACUUAAUGAACUUGAAGUUAUUUUAAAAAGAGCCGAGUUCAAAGAACAUUCUGUUGAUGUAAGUCCAAUAAAUGGACUCUCAACAAAUUCCUUAGAAAGUUUUCAGCAACAAAACUUGUGUUACUUAUAUAAGACCAACUAUCAUAUUUUAAAUGAUGAAGUACUUUUGAGAAGUCCAUUACUCGUUGAUAAGGAGGUCAAUGUCAACGUUCCUGAAAUUACUUACAAACACACAGUAACAGAUGUUCAGUCGAAAUUUUUCCCGAUAACAGUUCACCACAGUACAAAUGUUACGAACUCUCUAGUCGGUGUUAUAAGUAAGCCAUCGGAGCAAUCAAUGUACUUCUUCUCGGAUUAUAAGACGUUGUAUAGUAAUACCUCAUUUAAUAAAAUAAUAGAGAUACCCAUUAUCGAAACAUCGAAACCAUGCAAUCGUGUAUUAGCUCCUGAUUGGUGCGGAAGCAGUAGCACAAUAGUUAAAGAAUACAAGAUAAAUAAAAUAUGCGAUCAUAGACAAAAUCACUUUGACCCGAUUGUUAAAUUAAAAAGAGAUAUUCUGGUUACUGUUUAUUCUAUACUUGUAAUGACGGUUUUCGCUGCAUUAUCGUUUUCAGAAGUAUUUUUCAGAAUUUAAAAUCAGUAACA